AGGGAGGGAGGGAGGGCCGCCUGCUCUUAAGGCAGGUCUGCAGGUGAACUGCACCUCCCCUUACGUCUCACCUGGACUUUGAGCAGUCUUGGUCCCAGGAGCCAGGAGUGAACACAGCCGUCUGCCUGCCCUGGACAACAGGUCCUGGGAGCUCCUGGUCAGCAAGUGACAUCUCUGGGGUGUAAGUGAGGCUGGUUUGAGGCUAGAGGUAAACCGACGUUCACUGACCCCACCAUGUCGCAAGUGAUGUCCAGCCCCUUGCUGGCAGGAGGCCAUGCGGUCGGCUUGACUCCCUGCGAAGAACCCAGGAGGGCCCUGCACCCAGCACCCAGCCCCAGCCUGCCACCCCAGUGUCCUUACUACACCACAGAAGGCUGGGGAGCCCAAGCCCUGAUGGCCCCCACACCCUACAAGGGGCCCCCCAGCAGGCUCCAGCAGGGCCCACAGGCUGGAGCCAAAGCCAGCUGCCUCCUGCAGUCCCCCGGUGAGCAGACCUCAGGGACCCUGGAGGACCUCGACUCCUACAUUGACUUCUCACUGGAGAGCCUCAACCAGAUGAUUCUGGAACUGGACCCCACCUUCCAGCUGCUCCCCCCAAGAGCUGGUAGCCCCUGGGCGGAGCCCACCCAGAGCACUACCUCAAGGAAAAAGAAAGAUGAGCCUGAAGCCUUGGACAUAAAGUACAUCGAGGUGACCUCCACCAGAUCAAGGUGUCACGAUGGCCCCCAGUGCUGCUCCAGCCCAUCUGUCACCCCGCCCUUUGGCUCCCCGCGCAGUGGUGGCCUCCUCCUUUCCAGAGACAUCCCCCGAGAAACUCGAAGCAGCAGCGAGAGCCUCAUCUUCUCUGGGAGCCAGGGCAGGGGCCACCAGCGCCCCCCACCCUCCUCUGGGGCUCCCUCUUCUCAUCCCCCACCCUCUCCCAGCAUCUCCAUCCCCUGCAUGGGGAACAAGGCCUCGGGCCCCCAUGGCUUGGGCUCACCACUGGUGGCUUCUCCAGGCUUGGAGAAGGGGCUGGGGGUCCUGGCCCCACAGCGGGGCAGCAGGGUCUCUGUGUUGUCAGCCAGCCCAGCAUCCGACGUCAGCUACGUGUUCGGAAGCAGCCAGUCCCUCCUCCACUCCAGCGUCUCCAGCCAUCAGUCAUCUUCUAGAUCCUUGGAAAGCCCGGCCAGCUCUUCCUCCAGCCUCCACAGCCUUGGCCAAGUGUCGCUGUGUACAAGAGCCAGUGACUUCCAGGUCCCCAGCAACCCCACCCCAAACGUGGGCCAGCCCAGAACAACUCACUCCCCGCCACUGGCCAAGGAGCAUGCCAGCAGCUGCCCGCCAUCCAUCACCAACUCCAUGGUGGAUAUACCCAUCGUGCUGAUCAACGGCUGCCCAGAACCAGGGUCUCCCCCAUCCCAGCAGAUCCCAGGACACCAGGACUCUGUCCGACCCGGGGCCACUUCUUCUAGCAACUCUUGUCCAGCCACCAGGAGCCACAGCCAAACCCUGCCAGACGCCCCUCUCAUCACAUCCUCGGAGGGUCCCACCAGGGACAUGCAGCCCACCAUGAAGUUUGUGAUGGACACAUCUAAAUACUGGUUUAAGCCAAGCAUCUCCCGGGAACAAGCAAUCGAGCUGCUGAGGAAGGAGGAGCCAGGGGCUUUCGUCGUGAGGGACAGUUCCUCCUACCGAGGCUCCUUUGGCCUUGCCUUGAAGGUGCAGGAGGCACCUACGCCUGCCCCGAACCGAUCAGGUGAGGACAACAGUGACUUCAUCCGCCACUUCCUCAUCGAGUCUUCCGCCAAAGGGGUGCAUCUCAAAGGAGCAGAUGAGGAACCCUACUUUGGGAGCCUCUCUGCCUUUGUGUGCCAGCAUUCCAUCAUGGCGCUGGCGCUGCCCUGCAAACUCACCAUCCCCCAGAAAGAAUUGGGAGGUGGAGACUCCUCAGACCCCACUACAGACAGCCGGGCCUCCUGCCUGAAGAAAUCUGCAGGCUGCCACGCCCUGUACCUGACCUCCGUGAGUGUAGAAACCCUGAGUGGAGCCCUGGCCGUGAGGAAGGCCAUCUCAACCACCUUUGAGAGGGACGUCCUCCCCACACCCACGGUGGUCCACUUCAAAGUCACUGAGCAAGGCAUCACCCUGACUGAUGUCCAGAGGAAGGUGUUUUUCCGGCGCCAUUACCCCCUCACCACCCUCCGCUUCUGUGGCAUGGACCCCGAGCAACGGAAGUGGCAAAAGUACUGCAAGCCCUCCUGGAUCUUCGGGUUUGUGGCCAAGAGCCAAACAGAGUCACAGGAGAAUGUGUGCCACCUGUUUGCAGAGUAUGACACAGUCCAGCCAGCCUCCCAGGUCAUCAGCCUGGUGGGCGCCCUGCUGCAGGACACAGAAAGGAUGUAGAGGGAGGGAGCUUCCUGUGCACCUUCCCGGACAUCACAAGAGGGCUGGAACCCAUGAGCGGGGGUGCUUGCGGCCAUACUAAUGAGCCAAUCUAUUGGACUGGAGGAGAACGGUACCAAGUUGAAACCCUGGAAACCCUAUGACCAUCAGCAGUGACCUUCAUCCAGACCCAGCUGAGUCUCAGUCUCUUCAACCAUGGAAAAGAGGCCAAUAGACAGGACUGGCUAUUCUUCUCAGACCUUGGCUUCUUAACACGCUCCCUGUGAUUCUGAAACACACCGACAUCUGAGGAUCCCGCAUGGAAACAACCUCUGAAGCCCGCUGACUCCAUCAGCUUGGACACUACCAACACAGCAGCCUGAGUUAGAGACCUGUGACCGUCUGUCAUGGAGAAGAGCAGGUGCUGGGUCAGGACCCAUGGGCCCCUAGCCCAAGGCUGACCUGGGAGAGACAAGAUGCAAGGAUCGACCAAAGGAGGGACGGUCGGACUCUCUUUCCCUCCAUAUCUGUUCCUUUCCCCACUUCCAUAAUGGCUUCUUGGGCAGCUGUCCCCACGACAAAGCAGGAUCUGCCUGCCCUGGAUUCUUUAGGCCAAUGUGACCACGGUUGUCAGGGCAGCUUAGCAAGGGGGAACUUGUCCGCAUGGGCAGAGACCACCCAGCUGCCCUCACGUUCUUGAUGUCUAGUCCCCACCACUGCAAAUGAGUAUCAGCCCCAUCUUUUCUCUCAAUUUUUUGGUAAGCAAAUGUCCUCCAGCGGGCGUCACAACUGCCCUAAGGUUGCUUUUGUAACCCACAGGAGGGAGGUGGGGGCAGGGAAGCCCCCUGCUCUCCAGAGCAGACACAAGGGCCAGCUUUCUCUGGUUCAGCCUCAGCGCCGGUCCUGCUGAGUGCCCCCUGUUCCCCAAAACACACACAUAGACACACGCAGACGGGCCCAGCAGUAGGGCAUCUACUGGCCUUACAGCCACACGGGGGCAGCAGAGAGUCAUGAAUGCAGACAGGCAGCCAACUCAAGAGGUUUGGAGAAGCUGGGCGGUCUUUCCCCCACCCCCACCUCCAUCAAGACUCCCAGGAAGCCAGAAUCGUUUGUCUACCAGGCCUAGGGUCCUAAGAAAACCACACCGUGAGGAUGGAAGAGGAGGCUCAGAGAAGAAACCCACUUUUGCUCUACAAGGAGCAAGUGCCUGCCCCCUCCCAGCCGUGGGCCCUGCCACCGCUUCAGUAUCAUUAUCUUCGGCCAAAGUCGGGACUGACUGACGGAUUAUGAUUUCAACCCAGGAAACCAAACCGGACUGAGGCUGCCCUGGGCUGGCGGGACUGGCUGAGAGCAGACCACCCAGUCUGUGCUGAGGCACUGCCCCAUCCCUGGAGAGCAGAGAACACUAGACAAGUUCUCAAGGUCAUAUCCAGGGGUCUGGCAGAGAGCCCCUCCUGUUACCCAUGAAUGUCUAUGUAGUUCCCAUGGAAAAUAAAGUGUCUGUCUUGGCAUAA